AUGUUGUUCCAGGUGGGAGGGCAGGGGUCGCGGCCAACCUUCUUCGAGAUGGCAGCCGCUCAGCAGCUCCCUGCGAGCCUCAGGGCUGCCCUCGCGUACUCCUUCGGCGUGAGCUCAAUUCUCCCUCCUUCGCCCCAUCUGCUGAAGCUCGUGUUCCAUUUCAUGUCUUAUUCAGCAGUAGUUUCUUCUUCUCUUUCCUCUUGUGGCUUAUCGGCCCCCAUCAGUCUGGUUUCGUCAAUGGCCUCCCUUUGUUCAUCGUGCUGGAAUUGGCCGGUGAUAAGACCUGCGCAGAUUAUCACACCCAUACCAAGACUUCCCCCCACCACUCACCCCCCAGAAGAAAGAAUUGCCGUGGGCGACCAACCUGUAGGGGGGGAAAUGGGCGACAUGGAAUUCUUGUUCUUAGUCUCCCGAUCAAAAGCGCGCUGCCGCAUUUAGAGAUAGGAUUUCAGGGUGAAGAAUAGUCUGGAGUCGAGAGGAGAGGACCCUGUUCAUUGUGCGAGGGUAUCAUUUUCUGUGUGGCCUCCUUCCUCACUGGCCUUAGUAUCAUUUAUUUGGUUUGUUUCAGUGGUCCGUUGGCGCAGGCCGUUUAGAAAACGUAGUUAAGCUCACGAUGAUAUCAUACACUAUUCCGGACACAUUAUGGAUGGCUCAGUCAGUUCUCCUCUAGGUUUUAUGGUCAGGAUGUGUGGUACAGGGCAAGCCAUGAAAUUUGGGCAGGUGGUCUCUGAGAGUCAGUGGGACAGGAUGAGCUCGUUUCAAGUCGUGAUUCCCUUUUUGUCCAGGCAAAAAGAGAAAAGGAUGUCUUUUUUUGUCAGAAUGUGGAAUUUCUUCAUUUAUUUUUGCAUAUGAACGUGAAGAGUAAAUAUAUAUGUAUAUAUAUAUAUAUAUGUCUUAGUUCACUGAGGGAUCUCAGCCUCUUCGUAGAUCUAAAAGAUGUAUUGAUUAUGCAGGUUGUUGCUCUAAGAAGACCGAUCUUUCACAAAAUAUUAGACUAUGAAGAUGAGUUCUUUGCCUUGCUCAUGCUGGUGCUUGAAACUCACAGUUUACGAACGACAGGUGGUGCUUAUUUUUCUUUAUUUUUUUACAUUUAAAGUAUACAUUUUAAACCGGUCCACUUUUUCCCUGAUAUUCCAAGUACCACCUAACUUAAGGAUCAAACGCAUAGAUACCACUCAACAUGGUUUUGCUUAAGGUGUCAAGUCCAACUAUUCACCAAUUUUAGCGUAAAAUUAGUAUGUCAUUGAAAACUUCAUUACCUCUUACGAAAAGGCUUCAGCUCAAGCAUCAGGCUGAACAAAACGGGACAAAAAUACAAGAAAAGUUAGAUUUGGAUUUCCUGGGGACAUUCCUUUUAUGUGUAAAAUCAGUAUCCAUUUCAUUAUCUUGGGUUCAUUUUCAUAUUCCUUUUGGGCAUCGUGUCCUGCUGUAUGGUGUUUUACCCUCUAUAAGAUGAAGAAGGGUGCUUGGGAAGCAUCACUCCCACGUCCAGAGCUCGCAUGUUCUCCUGCCUAAAAUAAACGGGGAUCUGUCACGGUAAUUAGGAGGGGUUUUAGGUGAGGAUUAUUGCAGUACCUUUUCUGCAGUAAAAAACUUUAUUUAAGGAUUGGGAAUUUAGGUUAUUUCAAGUUAUUUUCACAUGAUUUUUGUCUUUCCGUUUCACUGAGUGAUUUAGCCAUUCUGGAGAAUUUUUUUCUGAUUUUUAUGACCCCUUGCUAACUAUUGAAUAGAUAUUGAUGAAGAUGACACAUUAUUUGUCAAGCGCCUCGUUUUUUUCCCUCUGUGAGGUCACUUUAGUAUGAUGUUUAAUUUUCUUCUCGUUAUCUCAUUUUGAAAAAAAUAUACAUUUUUCAUACUCAGAGGCUUCUUUCUCGGAGUCCCUAUAUGGUUUGCGAAGGAGGCCAGUGAAUAUAACAACAAGAAAAGACAACGCAAAAAUGGAUUCCAAGCAGCUUCAGCUCCCUUGGUUAAGAAGGCGCCAAAGAGUUCUCUCAGUUGCCUUUCUCGUACAUUGCCUUCUCCCCUGCCCUUAAAGUUUUUUCCAAUCCCUGAUAAUUGCUAAGCAUCAUGAAUAGAACCUCUUUCAUAUGCUUCUAGGUCGCUUUGCCAUAUCUGAAAUCCAAAUUGCAAGCUCUCUACAAUAAAGAAAGAGCAGCAAGGCUUCAAGCAAGCUUAUGGGGAAAUGAUGAUGUGACAUUUGACGACAGUGGCACUUAUGUGGGCCAAGCAGAAGCUGCCCAUGGGGGAACGGAUGUCGUGGGACCAGAAUUAUCAAGCAUAACUCGUAUCAAAAAGCAAGUUUCAGCUUUUAUCGGUGCCUGCUACCCUUGGAUUCAUGCGAGCAAUGAAGGUAUGUAUGUAGUCUUCCAGAUGCGAUGGCACCUCCAAGGGCCACCAAAUAAGAUUCUCAUUUCUGUGAAUGGGAGAGGUAUAUAUAUAUAUAUAUAUAUAUACCUCGGCUAAUUUCCGCAUUCUUUACCCGUCGGUUGCAGAAUUUUUAUGUUUGGUUUUCUCCUUUACUGUUGAAGAAUAUGUGGCCUAUGUUUGGAAUUAUCUGUACGUAAGAGUUUACAGAUGAUAAAAUAUUAGAUCACAUCACCUAAAGAAGCUCAUUUAUGGGCAUUUUCAAGUGUCAAUGCAACAGCCUGAGUGGGUUUUCAUACGGGCGUGUCCGUGUGGAACUUGUGAGGAACAAUAAAGGGCGACAGUUGAGAUUGCAAACAAGAAACAUUUUUCGUUCUUUUUUUCAGUGUCACACGUUUCUGUCCAUAGCUACUGGAUGUAAUUCAUAUAUAAAGUUGCACAAGUUGAUAUUCAUGGUGUAGCCCAUGGACACACCAUUAAUGUCGCUUCUUCAGAUGAUUUCUUACACGUUUCUUCACUUUCCAACCAUAUCUCUGAACCCUUCAUGCAGGAUUGUCAUUUGCCUAUCAGCUGUUAUAUCUACUGGAUGCUACUGGAUUUUAUAAUUUGGGGCUACAUAUCCUCGGUGUCCAUGUGUGCCGUGCCACAGGGCAGGAAUUGGUAUGCCCCUUAAACAUGUUUUUUUUUUUUCCCCCUUUUGUUGCAUAAUCAUGCAUAGUCUUUGGUUUGAAGACUAUCUCAAAUAACUCUGUGGAUUUUCCCCCUAUCAACUUCGUCUUGUCUGUCUUGAGCUCUGAAUUCCAUCACACAAUGAUCAGCUGGUCCUAUGUUACCGAAUAGUUUUCUUUCUCAGUGCAAUAAUUAUUUCUUUCGCCUAAAAUUAUUAUGAGUGCAAAUUUCACUCCAUUUUCUCAUUUUUCUUCCCCAGUUGAUAAUUACUAGUCAGAUUUUUCUUGUUUGAAAUUCCCAUCACUGGUGUCAAAUUGGCCAUAUUCAGCACCAUCCCAUCAGAAAAACUCAUGACGCUAUCAGAUUUUUUUAGAUAUAGAUUAUUUUUAGUGAGAUCAUGUUAAAUUAUCAGAUCGAAAGUUUAUAAUGCCGCGUGGCUUAUGUGCCUCUUUGGGGAAACCGCCAAUUCAGAUGGAUUCAUCCUCCAGAAUUUCAAGGAUCAGAAGCCGUGAACGUGAGAGACUCCGUGGCCCUCCAUGGAUGAAGGUACCUGCGUUUUUUCCUUGUUGCAUCAGUUAGCUUAUGAAAUUCUAAGAGAAAUAUUCGAUGACAGAACUUAUGAAAUCCUAAGAGAAAUAUUCGAUACUUCUGUCCCCUAGAUGCCGUCUUGGACGAUGCCCUUGGGGUUGAAAGUGUCAACUUCACCAUAUGCAUCCAUGAUCAUCCCUUUAAGCACAUCUUGAGCCAGAUUUCAUCCCGCUCUUGUUGCAUUCGGAAAUAACUGGCGGUCGUCUUUGGCCAUUGAAACCACGAUAGACACUGAACUCUUCCUUAAUAUUGCUGACGUUGAUUAAGCUGGCGGGGGAUCGCCUGUAAAAAUAAAUUGCCUUUUUGCGACAUUUUUUGCUAUGUUUAUUGACUUAUUAUUGCUGCAAGGGCGCAGACUGUACAGAAGCUGUUGCUUAGCUGCAUUUAUACUACGUUGGACUAUGCACAGACAGGCCUGAUUGCUGCGGUUUUCUUUUUCAAGGUGGGUUGACUUCGCCCAUGUUGCUCUAACACAUUUUAACCAGUUCUGGAACAUAAAAUACAGCAUUCGUCGAUUUUAGUUUGACUUAGUUCUUCAUGAAUCGAUGCCCCAGUAUCUCGCCAUUUUACUUAUUUUUUUGGUAAAUAACUCUGCGCUAGCAUGCUGCUAUCUGCAUUAGCAAAGAUUAUGGCUCUGUAAAAAAAUAAAAUUAAAAUUUUAAAAAAAAUCUCACUAGACUAGGCUUUCAACAAACCGGAUUCUUGAUAGAACCCCCGAAAUGUCUACAUGAGAUGAAUAAGGAAUGCGACGAAUUCACCCCAGCCAUUUUAAGUUAAUCUGAUGAUGUACUACUCUCCGAUGUCGAUAAGUUAGCUCAAAGUCUCCUGCAGAUGAUGGAGUGGUGGUAUCAAUCUGCGGAGGAGAGAAUGUCGGCUCCAACCGUGUUCCCGCCCCCACCCCCACCCCCACCCCCAAAGGUAAAUAAUGAUUCUCAGAUCACUCUCUCUCUCUCUCUCUAGCUCAAUACGAGGUCACAUAGCUGACGGCUUCCUGGUUUUUCCUUCAAAUUUUUAUGGGCAGGUUGCGGAAGGUGGAAUCCCCUUGCCGCAUGACAGGUCUCUCUGCCCUCUGUGCUCGCAGAGACGGGCGAACCCAUCAGUUCUCGUAGCCUCUGGCUUCGUUUUCUGCUAUCCAUGCAUAUUUAAAUACGUCUCCCAGGUGAGGACGCGCCCCAUAGCUACGGCUCUGUUGGCUCGAAUGGCGGCCUCUUCUGUGGGUCCUGAUGACCUCCUCCUUGAUCUGCUGCAGUACAAGCGGUGCCCGGUCACACUGAUGCCUGCAUCAGUCGAGCAGAUCAGGAGGCUCUUCCACGAUCUAUAG